AUGACUACCAUCUCAGAUGCAUCCCCGAUCCCAAUCCCAACCUCACAACCUAAACUCAGUGGUUCAUAUGCCGCAUUACCCAACGCAAUCAAGAUCGCUGUGUUCAUCUCUGCUGCCACUUUGCUAUUUAUUGUGCUUUCGUUGCUUCUGUCUCUUUGUGUUUAUUACCAUAAGAGAUUCAGACGACCUCGCGAGUCUCCCGAUAUCAGAUUAUCCAACUUUACACCUAGACCAUCUUCCACUGCAACAGGUAAUACCCUUCCGUUAUAUGCUCCUCGCGAUUUGACGAUUGGCAUCCCACAUCACUCGACUUACUUCCAACGUCCACCAUCUUACGCUACUGAACAUUCUGGAGAUGUAUCUGGCCCAAGUGCUACACGUGGAGGUGUUUCAAUGGUCCUUGGCUCUACUUGCGAAUUGGACGCUCCUCCGAUUUGUGAAAAGUUAAUGAGAUAUUAA